AUGCUGGUUAAGGUAUGUGGUAGAAGCUGAGCACAUGAUACAACAUGUUUCGUAGCUGCCAUCCCUGUUGCAGGAAUGCUAGAUGUGUCCUUAAUAAGGAAAUGUUUUAGUUCACUAAAAAGGUUUUAAUAUAUUUUUUUUCUGAGAAGAUGAAGUCAAAACAGCAACUUUCCUUACUGAUGCUUCAUUAGACCAUUCCGGAAACCUUAUAAGGACUCUAUACUGCAUACACAAGAGCCAAAAUGAACAUAAUCCAGAGGAUUUACAUAAAUAAUGUUACAUUUUAUUCAGGAACAUUCAUUUUGCUUAUCAAUUAUGACUAACAGUUGUCACUGUCCCAGAAGUUAUUUCUUCUAGUCCCAUACAUGGAGGGUGUUUGUGGGGACACUGUGCAAACUAGACAUAAUAUGGACAAGCCUUGACAUUGGCAAUAAUUUUCAGUUACUUCCUAGAGAGUUUAUGAAUGGAGUCGGUACUUCUGGCUUAAUUUAAGCCUUGACUAUAGUUUCUCAAUAAAAACUACUUCUAAAAAGUCUAUUUGUUUAGAUCAUUACCCACAAUGCCUGUUUUGUAGUUCCAGCUGGGGAGACCAGCAGGUGAAUUCUUGAUAUCAAUCUUAUUGGAAGCAACCCCAUGGGGAGUCUUUGCACUCAAGCAUGCUAUAAGUUAAGCUAUAUGAUACUUCUCAUUAUGUUGGUGUUUUUUUAAACUCUCUGAUUCUGAUAAGUGUCUAAUUUAUUUUUCUUUGCAGUUCAUUGCGUUUGCCUCUUUAUUCUUCAUCCUACUUUCAAUCACAACCUUUUGCCUGGAAACCCACGAAGCAUUCAACACCAUCAAAAACAAAACAGAGCCAACCAUCAAUGGUUCCGAGGUGGUUCUGCAGUAUGAAAUAGAGACGGACCCUGCUCUGACAUAUGUUGAAGGAGUAUGCGUGGUGUGGUUUACAUUUGAAUUUUUAGUCCGCGUAGUUUUUUCACCCAACAAACUUGAAUUCAUCAAAAACCUCUUGAAUAUCAUUGACUUUGUGGCGAUUUUGCCCUUCUAUCUCGAGGUGGGCCUCAGUGGGCUGUCCUCCAAAGCUGCUAAGGAUGUGCUUGGUUUCCUCAGGGUAGUGAGGUUUGUGAGAAUCCUGCGAAUCUUCAAGCUCACCCGACAUUUUGUGGGCCUCAGGGUGCUGGGUCACACGCUCCGAGCAAGCACCAACGAGUUUUUGCUGCUGAUAAUAUUUUUGGCAUUAGGAGUAUUGAUAUUUGCCACCAUGAUCUACUAUGCUGAGCGAAUAGGAGCCAGACCCAACGACCCUUCUGCUAGCGAACACACAGAGUUCAAAAACAUCCCCAUUGGCUUCUGGUGGGCUGUGGUCACCAUGACCACUCUUGGGUAUGGAGACAUGUAUCCAAAGACAUGGUCAGGGAUGCUAGUGGGUGCUCUGUGUGCUUUAGCUGGGGUGCUGACCAUAGCCAUGCCUGUGCCUGUUAUUGUCAACAACUUUGGAAUGUACUAUUCUCUGGCCAUGGCGAAACAGAAGCUUCCGAGAAAGAGAAAGAAGCACAUCCCACCUGCUCCUCAGGCAAGCUCCCCUACAUUUUGCAAGACAGACUUGAACACAGCCUGCAAUAGCACACAGGGGGAAGUCUGUCUGGGCAGAGACAACCGGCUGAUGGAACACAAUAAAUCAGGUAGGACACCGUCCGAAACGCAUGUCUGGUAUGUUUGGCAGUACAAGGCAUCAGAAAGCAUCGAAUCUUUCUGCAGCUAGAGGAGGUAGUUGACACACCUCUCCCUUCACUCACUGUUUGUAUAUGUCAGUCUUGUAGAUGGCAAAAUAGUUACAGCAUAAGAAUGAUGUUUCCAGAUCUGUGCAUUGCUGAUCUGUAGUGUUCGCUAGGUGUUUCGUGAACAGUGCUUUUUUGUGACAGUACUCAAUGGUACUGAGUACAAUCACCUCUUUUUUUUUUGCUGCCCAUAGCAGCCAUUUUGUGCUGGCACCCACAGCACUUUUAUCAAGAUAGAAGUACCAACACCUCAUUUUUAUUUAUUUAUUAAUUUUUUUCCAAAAAAAAAAGCACUGAUUGUGAAUGCUGAGCUUCCUUUAAUUUUCCUUCUUUCUUCAUAAUUCUUUUGUUUUACUGGCAGCAUCUACUGUUUCUUUUGCCUGUUGCACUGUACAAUGUUUUGUUUUGUUUCCUGCAUGCCUGUUCCUGUACAGCUGUGCCUCCAUUUUGUUGAACUUCAUGGCGUUUUGCGUGGUGUUUGUCUCUUCUGUCUGCUUUGUCUCUUUUGUUUGCUUUGCCUGUGCCACACUGGUGGCAUGAAAUACUAGAAGUGGUAUAAAGAAACAUUCAUUUAAACAUGGAUGAUUAAUCUGGGCCUACAUUCAGUGCAACAUUCAGAAGGGGGUUCUCUAGAUUUCAAGGAGAGCAUUUCUUUUUUCAUAGAUUGGAAUGACCACUCCCUCCCCCGAUCUAAGGGAACAGCUCAUGAAAUUACAUUUAAGCUUAGACUCAAAUUUUCUUACUUAGAAGCAAGAGGUCCAUUAAAUUUCAUUUGAAGCUUCCCCCCUGUUAGGAUGCUUAGAACCUCACAUUUUGUAGGUGAAGGUUACAAUAUGGACAAGAUUUUAACUAACCAUGCAAUUCUAUAAAUGCCUACUAAGAAGUAAGUCCCACUGAGUUCAGUGGAGCUUAUUCCCAGGUAAGUACGCAUAGCAUUGCAGCCAUGAUGCUGUACUCUUAGAGACUUUUCAUAAUUUUAUUUAAUAUAUAGAAGCAUAAAAUUUCUCCUGAAUCAGACCAAAGGCCCUUUUAAUCCAGAGUCCUGUUCAGCCAGAUGCAAAUGGGAAGUCCACAAGCAGGGCAUGAACACAGCAGACACUUUCCCCUUGUGAUUCCCAGUACAGUCGUACCUUGGAUCCCGAACGCCCUGGAACUUGGAUGCUUUGGCUCCUGAAUGCUGCAAACCCAGAAGUGAUUGUUCCGGUUUAUGAGCGUUCUUUUUGAACCCGAAUGUCCGAUGGGGCUUCUGUGGCUUCUGAUUGGCUGCAGGAGCUUCCUGCAGCCAAUCAGAAGCUGCUAUUUGGUUUUCAAACGUUUUGGAAGUCGAACGGACUUCCGGAACGGAUUCCGUUCAACUUCCAAGGUAUGACUGUAACUAGUGUUGAGAUGUAUACUGCCUCCAACCCUGGAGAUAGUAUGUCACCAUUAUGGCUGGUUGUCAUUAAUAGCCGUACCUUCCAAACUGUUUUAAUUCCUUGUAAAGCCAUUACUACAUGUUGUGGUAGUGAAUCCCAGAAUUUAACUAUGCACACUGUGAAGAAAUGCUUUUUUUCCUGUCCCGAAUCUUUCAGCAUUCAGCCUCAUUAGAUGCCCCCACAUUCUAGUAUUAUGAAACAGAGAAAAAUCCAUCUUUUCCUACUUUCUCUGUAGAAUGCAUAAUUGUAUAUAAUCUCUGUGGUUUCCCCCUUUUUUACCUGCAUUUUUUCCAAACUAAGGAUCCUCAAAUAUUGUAACCCUCCAUAGAAGAGUUGCUUCACUUUCCUUGAUCAUUGUGGUUGCCAGCCGUUUAAAUGAUCAAUUACUGUAAUGAUUCACAAUGCUUCUCCCCCCUCCAAAUAAAUAAAUCAAAGUAAUAAUGGAGAUGCAGAGAGAGAGAAAACUGCUGCUUUCUGGAUUUAUGGUCCCAGUGAUUUGUCUUUUAAGGAUAUCAAUGAAAAUAGGUGCUCUUAAGACUCCACAGCUAUCACAGCUAAUUUCAAACUCCCUUGGAGAUGAUGAAUCAAAAGUGCUUAUACUGGGGGUUUUCCUGGGGUUUGGGGUGGGGAUACUGAAUUUCAACAUUUGGGAAAGUAUGGAAAAAUCUUGGAAGAGAUUAGAUACAGUGGUUGGAAUAUGCUGUGCUUGAUUGGUACUUACCUAAACUAUCCCCAAAGUGAUAAGGGCCACUCUGUUUACAGGUCAAGAUGAAGUCCACAGUGUUCAAUUACAUGGCAGUGGUAGGGAAAGGUUAUAAAAAGAGAAAUCUUGAGAAGGAAAAAAAAAUAUUUACAAGAAGGUAAUAAAAUGUGUCUUUUCCCUUUCCAGUGCCUUUAACAUCUGGCUCUCCAGAUGUUGACAGACCAAUUCCCAGCAGCCCCAGUUUGCAUAACUAAUGGCCACAGAUGACAGAAGUGUCUGGAGGGCCACAGGUUUCCCAUCCCCAUUUUAAAUUCUAGAAUUAUUAUGGUUAGCAUUUUAAAAGUAAUAAAAUGGAUCACUGUUCUGAAAUAUUAAAAGCCCUAUUAUCAUGAUAAAAGAGCCUAUUAAUCAAAAACCGCAGAUGUUUAAAGAGGGAUUAGGCAUUUUAAUAACUAUUAACUGCUCUACGGCAGGAGCUUUUACUUCCCUCUCCCCAAGCUUUAUUAGGUAUUGCCACAGUUAGCUUUUAAGAUGGACACAGGGAUGUGCCUAAGCACCAUGAGUGUAACUAAAGGGAAAGUAAAACACAUCAUUUUUGGUUUGCUAAUCCUUGCCUAGGCUGCAGCCAGCCAGACCACAUGAAGGGAUUAGGGCUGUUCAGAUCACCCUCAAACCAAUACACCCUCAAACCAAUACACAGCCCAAAGCACAAUUACCCUUCCAAAGAGUCAGUGUGGUGUAGUGGUUAGAGUGCUGGGCUAAUAUCUGGAAGAGGCCAGGGUUAAAAUCCCCACUCAGCCAUGAAGCUCGCUGGGUGACCUUGGGCCAGUCACUGCCUCUCUGCUUCACAGGGCUAUUAUGAAGGUAAAAGAGAGGGGUGGGUGGGAAGCAUGUAUGCCAUAUUGAGCUCCUUGAAGGAAAAGUGGGAUAUAAAUUUAGUAAUCAAUCAAUCAAUCAAUCAAUCAAUCAAUCACACCUCUCCCAUUUUUGCAGCACAGUUCUCCUACCAAACAAUGUACAAGCAUGGUUUUAUUAGGGGGAAUUGUGCAUAAAAUUGCACACAUAAAGCAGCAUACCUAAAUGCAUUAUAUAAGGGGAAUCUGUUUGCAAAAAUUUGCACUUUAGUCAAAGAUGUAUUUUGUGCAUUUUAGUAGAAAUGUGUGCUAAAAUGCUGAUGAAUUUCCAUGAGGAUUUUGUGUUUUAAAAAUGCAAAUGGCUGCAGAAAUGUGGAGAACUUUAAAACGGGAAAAAGGAGAAACCGAGAGAACCCAAAAUUGACAGACUGAUCCAUGCUUACCUCUGUGUGUGCACGCGCUAUUAGAGAAGCAAGAAGAUUCCUCCCUAAACUUGGUGCCAUGUGGAAAGGAGAGCCAUUGUCUUUACCCUUAACCCAACAUGGCACCCUGUGUGCUUCUUAGUGAAGGACCACUUAGUCUUGUGAUACUCAUAUAAUAAUGUUCAGCAAACCUGCAUGACUUGUGACCCAGCAAGCUGCGUACUAUGGUUUGCAAAACAGUCCCAGGAAGACAGAAGGAAAGAGGAUUAUCAAGCUUUUAGCCGGCCAUAGGACAUGGUUUGUCACCUGCAUUCAAGUUGGGCGUGCCUGAUGUGAAGUCACGACUCAAGCACGGUCUCUUACUCUUGAGUAAGCGCCCAAUAUAUUAUUUAGCAGUAGACCCGAAUAAGCUAUUCUAUGGUUAUAUGUGGAUUUAUUUUAGUAGUGGAUAUGAGUGUGCCAUCUGUAUUUCAAGAUUUAGUACUUACUAUUAUUAUUUGGCAGCAAAAUCUGACUUGUUUUUAAGUACUGAAGACACUGAAGCAAUGAGUAUAAUAUUGAAGAUGGCAACCGUCUAAAAAGCCAAAAAUCAACAUCAAAUUUUUUUUCCUUAACCAAAUAAUACAGAUGUGCAACUUUGUUCUAUUUCUAUAUUAAUGAAUGACCAUGAAGGGCCAUCUCUCCCCAUCCCCCAAUUCAAGAACUAGUAGUUUUUUAAAAUAAAUAAAUAAAUAAAUAAAUAUUAACUUAAGUAACAGGCUGUCAGGCAAGUUGUUUGUGAUGUUUCGUUUCCUCUCUGGCUAUAUUAUGUAAAUGGGCAUGGUGCUUUAACCAGUGUUAUCAGGUGAAGACAGUACAGAAAGUGAGCAGCCACUGUCACCUGUGGAAAGGCUCCCACCAAUCAGACGCUCUAGUACCAGAGACAAAAACAGAAGAGGGGGAACAUGUUUCCUACUGACAGCAGGUGAUUACGCGUGUGCUACUGAUGGAGGGAUCAGGAAAG